UGGAAUGUGUGGAAUGUGUUUCCUGUGUUUGGCAUCAUGAGCGCGAGAGUCUCUCCGGUUUGCCGUGAGUUUCCACGGAGUUUGAGUCCGGCAGAAGAGUUGAAUGAGUGUGUGGAGUUUGAGUCCGGCAGAAGAGUUGAAUGAGCGUGUGUGUGGAGUGUGUGUGUAGUUUCAGUGAUGGCAGAGCCGCUGCUCAGACGAACCUUCUCCAAACUCCGGGCGAAAGAGCGAUUCCGCCGCAAGACGGACCCCAAACUCACCGAAGUGACAGAAAAGGUGGAACUUUUCCAAAGUCCUCCAUCAACUGGAUCCACCUCAGGUCACGCUGAGACCGAGAGCCCAGAGCGAGAGGAGUGUACCAGACGCUCCCAGAUCACCGUCUCCAAAAAACAGAACUGGGCCAAACUUCCCUCCACUUGCAGAGACCCAGUUGGCACAGAUCUGUGUCCUGGCCUGGUCUACGGGCCACAGGACUGGGAUUUGUGCUCUGGAAAGGCUGAGGUCUCAAAACAGCCCUGGAACCAACAAACUUUAAGUGAGGAUGGCUUGAAGAGAAAUCGGAAUGAUCUUGAAUUGGAGUUUGGAUAUUCCAGCGCACCGUGCAACUCGGUUGAGGCCGGUUUACCGGAGUUGACCCCUUCAUCUACGACCUUUAUGGAUGUGUGUGUCUCUUCCAGCUCAGCAAAGAUCUCUGGGCAAGGCGCUUACCUCCAGCACCUGGACAGGAGCAGUCGAGCCUGGGUACUGUCCACAGGAAAGCCCCAGGCAUCAGAUGAGGCCCAGAAUCCAACCAGAAUCACAGAGUGGCGACAGGGCCCGGAUGGAGACGGAAACAUUUGGUACAACCCCAUUCCUGAAGAGGACGACUUAAGGGCCAGCGGAGAAGCAGAUCAGGAAAAAUACGGAGACCCGUGGAGAAAGAGAGACCAGAAACGAUCAGGGGGUUUGACCAAUCAAACGAGAGACAUUCAAACUGAAGUCGACUUAAUCAGGACGGAUAGUUCGGAUCUGGUUACGCUACAGUCGGACUGUAUUAGCUCUGCAAGUGUUGUGAACUCUGACAGUUCGGCGACACCAAAGAGAAGCCCAGGAGAGGGUGGAAAUGGCAGCAGUGUGAUCGACAAGAUCAAGUCUCCAGGAACGGUUCGGCGGCUCUCUAUGAAGAUGCGGAAACUCCCAGAACUAAGGCGGAAGCUUAGCCUGCGCUCAUCCCGUAAUCAGCGUCAUGGACAGAGCCAAGGAAAUGCCAGCAGUGCACCGGGAGCCUCAGAUGAGGCUUUACCACCAAAUGCAUGCAAAGAAUCAUCCAACAUCAUCAGCAAGUACCACCUGGACUCCAGUGCACCCGCAAGGCCAAGACGUCGAUCCUCUCGAAUGAGCUCUGCUAGUAAAGGAGGGUAUCUUAGCGAUGGAGACUCACCUGAACUCCUGCCAAAGGGUCAGGGGUCGAAAGGCUCACCUACACCUCCACCACACCGUGUACCACAGGAUUCACUCGCUGUGGCAGACGCGGAGUCAUUCCGCUUGUACUCGCUGACGGAUCAGCCUCGCUGUGCUCAGAGACUCUCAGGGCUGCUCACGGUGCAUUUGCUGGGAGUCGAAGAGCUACUCCGAUGCCCUCGGAUCGAUGCUAAUAAAGAAGUCUUCUGUGCCAUUCAAGUGGACGGGGUGACCCGGGCUCGAACGUCCCUGCUAACUUGUCGAGGAGCGUGUCUCCCACUAAACCACACCUUUAACCUGGAGCUCGAGAGGGCACGGCUGCUCAAACUGGUCAUCUUAACGCCAACGACUGCUAGCGCUAACAUCGGGUCUUGCGCGCUGGCAGCUCCCACGCGUAACCGGGUUUGCUGUCUGGGCGCUGUGGCUAUACCGUCCCUCUUCAAGGCUUCUCGCAGUCAGCAGCUGUGUGUUCGUCUGGAGCCUCGUGGUUUGCUGUAUGUGAAGCUGACCCUGCUGGAGCAGUUCGUGACCCCGUUCCCGCGCCUCAGUGACCUGCCCCCCCCUACAGUGUUCGGGGUGGAGCUGCGCCCCCUGGUGGAGAAAGAAGCGUCGGCGCUCGGAGUGCCUCUGAUCAUUCAGAAGUGUGUUUCUGAGAUCGAGAGGAGAGGACUGAGGGUGGUGGGGUUGUAUCGUCUCUGUGGUUCUGCAGCAGUGAAGAAGGAAUUGCGCGAUGCGUUUGAGAAAGACAGUGCCGCAGUUUCCUUAAACGACGAGCUCUAUCCCGACGUCAAUGUCAUCACCGGCAUCCUGAAGGACUACCUGCGCGAGCUGCCGUCUCCUCUCAUCACGAGGACCCUGUAUGAAGUGGUGUUAGAGGCCAUGAUGGUUCGGCCGGCCUGUAGACACGACAGCGACGCUCAGCGAUCACAGAACACUGUGGCUCUGUUGCAAUGUCUUCCUGAAGCAGAGAAGGCAACUCUGUCCUUCUUGCUGGAUCAUCUGAGUCUGGUGGCGUCCUACAGCGACAGCAACCGGAUGACGUGCCAGAACCUGGCCGUGUGCUUCGGGCCGGUUCUCCUGACGCCCACACAGGAGUCCUGGCAGGCCGGGCUGACGGCCCCCGGGUCAGGGGCCCUGAUGGGGUCCGGGGCCGCUCGAGGGCGUAGCUUUGCACACAGUGAAGAGAUCGCCAGCGCCGUGGACUUUAAACGACACAUAGAGGCUUUGCACUACCUCCUGCAGCUCUGGCCUGUACCCAAAGAACGAGUGAUUGAUGACUCCGACCAAUCACAGGUCAUCUCUUCUCCGGUAUCCCAGAGUUCCUCACUGCGGCGAUCACUUCCCUCGGUUCAGGACGAGUCAGUUGUGUCCCGUAGGGGGCGUGGCCUUCAGGACGAGCCGGUUGUGUCCCGCAGGGGGCGUGGCCUUCAGGACGAGUCAGUUGUGUCCCGCAGGGGGCGUGGCCUUCAGGACGAGUCAGUUGUGUCCCGUAGGGGGCGUGGCCUUCAGGACGAGUCAGUUGUGUCCCGUAGGGGGCGUGGCCUUCAGGACGAGCCGGUUGUGUCCCGUAGGGGGCGUGGCCUUCAGGACGAGCCGGUUGUGUCCCGCAGGGGGCGUGGCCUUCAGGACGAGCCGGUUGUAUCCCGUAGGGGGCGUGGCCUUCAGGACGAGCCGGUUGUAUCCCGUAGGGGGCGUGGCCGUCUGGAAAGCCCGCCCUGUAACCGAUACGCUGGCGACUGGAGCGUUUGUGGGCGGGACUUCAUGUCGAACGACGAGGCAGAUUACGACGAGGUGGCGGGAAGCGAGAGUGACGACGACAUGGACGAGGCGAAGAAGCGGGACGUGUGGGCGUCGCCCGAUGGUUUGUACGUGGAUGACUUCGCUCUCGACUUCGACGCCCCGUUCACGUGCCGAUUGAGUCUGAAGGACUUUGACACUCUGAUUUCAGAUUUGGAGAGAGAGUUAGCCAAACAAAUUAAUAUCUGCCUCUGAACCUGAGCACUUCUCUCAUCCAUAACACACACUAAUGUCUGCGCAUGUUUUACAUGCUAGACGUUAAAGGGAUAGUUCACCCAAAAAUUUAAUUACCGUAUAUGACAUUCUUCUUUCAGACAAA